AUGUCAUCAGCAGCAGUUGAGAAACGGGUCUCCCAAGCUGGCGCCAUACCCGGAACAAGCAUGUCACUGGUGGAUAAAAAGUCUUUCACGCCACCGGUCUCGCUCGAAGACCAGAACGCUUCCAUCCAGAACAAAUACACCAAGGAGCGCAAGGUCGGUGAAGGUACUUAUGCCGUGGUCUACUUGGGCAAGCAGCGCAGCUCGAAACGGUCCAUCGCCAUCAAGGAGAUCAAGACGGGUCUAUUCAAAGACGGGCUCGACAUGUCCGCUAUUCGCGAAGUCAAAUACCUCCAAGAACUCAAGCAUCCCAAUGUGAUUGAAUUGGUGGAUGUGUUCUCCUCGGCGAAUAAUUUGAACUUGGUGCUAGAGUUCUUACCGUUUGACCUCGAAGUUUUGAUCAAGGACAAGGACAUCGUGUUCAAGAGCGCCGACAUCAAGUCGUGGAUCUUGAUGACCUUGCGCGGAAUCCACCACUGUCACCGCAACUUCAUCCUCCAUCGAGAUUUGAAACCGAACAACUUGUUGAUUUCGCCGCUGGGACAACUCAAGAUUGCCGAUUUUGGGCUCGCGCGAAGCCUAGGUAAUCCCAACGAGGAUCUCAGCUGCAACGUCGUGACGCGAUGGUACCGUGCUCCCGAGCUAUUAUUCGGAGCCAAGCACUAUACCGAGGCCGUCGACAUUUGGUCCAUCGGCAUCAUCUUUGCUGAGUUGAUGUUGAGAAUCCCAUAUCUUGCAGGCAAGGACGACGUUGACCAGUUGGACGUCACGUUCCGCGCCUACGGUACUCCAACGGAACAAAACUGGCCCAACGUUUCGAGCUUGCCGUUAUAUAAUGCGCUUCAUGUUUACCCACCGCCGUCGAGACACGAGAUCCGCUCGAGGUUCAGCGCCGCGACGGAAAAGGCGUUGGAUUUUUUGAUCUUGUUGACGCAAUUGGACCCCAGCAGAAGGUGCAAUUCCACCCAGGCGUUGUUGCAUGAGUAUUUCACUGAGAGUCCGCGACCUACUGAGCCUGAGGACUUACCCAAGAAGAAGAAGAAGAAGACAAAACGUGACGCUGAAGAUGACGAUGACGAUUUGGCAAGUUCGAGCAAUGUCAAUGGCACAGGCAAUGGCAAUGGUACCAAGAAAAGACGCGUUUGA